GGGGGAGGGGAACUCCACUGCCUGGUCUCUGUGACUGUGUUUAUUGCAGCAGCUUCUGCCUGUAUUUAUGCAGAAGGGGGGAGGGCAGUGAAAGAAAGAAGAGGAGAGAGAAAAAAAAAGCAAAAAGGAAAAGAAAGGAAGGAGGGAGGAGACAGAAAAUAACUGAUCUCUCCUACCUCUCCCUAUCACUGCUGCACUGGGGGAUUUAAUCUGUGCCUUGGAUUUUUUUUUUUUUUUUUGCAAUAUCAUUACAUACAGAUAUUUUCGCAUGUCCCUUCCUGCUGGAUGUGGAGCCGGAGAGAGGGCUGCAGUGGAGGGGGGGAAGAGGAUGCAGCAUGCUGGGCAUGGGGCUUCAGGAAAGCCUGGUGAUCUAACAGGCCUCUUGGAUUUGCCAACAGAGCUGGAUCUGCUGUAAGGAAGAAACAGUGGAGGAGAAGAAGAAGAAAGAACCAGAAUGGAAGGAUCUCAUUGAAAAUAUCUGCUUCAUAGGCUUCCUGGCUGCACAAAACUCAAUUGGUGCACAGCAAAGAAAAAAAAAAUCAGAUCCCAAACCACUGCUUAUUUGUCGUGCUGUGGAUACCUAGAGAAAUUGUGAAAAUUCUUUAGUUUUUGAUUGUUUGUUUGUUUUUUUUUUUGUUUUUUUUAUUUGCCAUCAAUUAUUUUUUUUGUAGUCAUUUUAAAGUUAUUUUCCUGAAUGCAAAAACAAGCUUUUAGGAAUUUUUUUUUUUUUUUAAACAGUCAAAAAAACCGAAUAUGAUAAUUUAUUUUGGACAAUCCGCACAGAGGACUAUAAUAUUUUAUUUAUAAAAAUGCUGCAGGUUAUUGUUGUGGACGCUUAGGGUUAGAACUUUGCCUUGUCAACGGAACAACAGCUGUUAAAACAAAAUCUUGAUGGAUUUUUUUUAUUUUGUGUUUUGCAACUCUGCCGUCAUGUUUAGGCAAAGACGUGGGACUGUAAACUUGAAGUUUAAAUUGAAUUUUUAGAUAUUUUUUUUCCUCUUUAUUUGCACGCUAGGACGAAAGAGCCAGUAUUUGUUUGGGUUGGAGCAGGAAGGAGGGCCAAUGCAAGAUGACUUUGCCUGCUCCUUUAAGAAUUCAUUGUUGCAUUUGUCUGCAGUGAUAAACCCUAUACAUUUAAUUUUCAAUUUUCCUGCAUUUUCUUCCAAUUUGGUGUCGAAACGCUGGAUUUUGGGAUAUCCUUUGCAAAAAUGAGCAUCAGUUCACCUCCGACAGCUAUUGACAGAGCACCUUCUAAGCGACAUUCUCACCUGCCAAGCCCCAUUGCAGCCUGGUUGAGCAGCCUGUCGUCUGUCGGUGAUGGAGCGUCCGAGCGAAGGUCUCCUGGACACCAGCGCCAAACAUCUGACUACAACGAGUCUACGGGCUUGGUUCAGCGCUGUGUGGUUGUACAGAGGGACCAGAAUGGAUUUGGCUUCACAGUCAGUGGGGACCGGAUUGUCCUUGUCCAGUCGGUGCGCCCAGGGGGUGCGGCUAUGCGUGCAGGCGUACAGGAGGGUGACCGUAUUGUGAAGGUAAAUGGCACGCUGGUGGCCAACAGCUCUCACAUCGAGGUGGUCAAGCUCAUCAAGUCUGGAACGUACGUUGCGCUCACUCUGCUGGGCUCUCCUCCGCCUUCCAUGGCUAUGUCUGGGCUCCAUCAUGACCUCAGCUCCUCCGCGUCCCCUCGGAACACCUUGUCCUCUCCUGUGCCACCGCCACCUCCGUUGCCACCUCCUCAACGAAUCACAGGACCUAAACCACUACAGGACCCCGAGGUCCAGAAGCACGCAACUCAGAUCCUGCGCAACAUGCUGAAACAAGAGGAGACGGAGCUCCAGACUCUGUGUGAAGUUUAUAACCGGACCCCAAAUGCCAGCCUUCAGGAGCAGAUAGAGGGGGCCAGGCGGAGAGUCUAUCAGCUGCAGCUUAAGAUUAGACAGGAAACGUCUGGGCCUGGGGAUAUAUUGCGAUCUUACAGCGACUGCAGCUCUAUAGUCUAUAAAGUGGUGGAAGGCCGGCUGUCUCUGGAUUCACAAGAUGGCGACAGCGGCUUGGACUCUGGCACGGAAAGGAUCCCGUCUCUUAGUGAGUAUUCCAUGAACCGGAACUCCGUUCUGUCUGACCUGGGGUUGGAUAGCUCUCAUACCUCUCCAGUCAUCUCUACAAGAAUCUUCCAGCACCGGCGGCAGGGCUCAGAUACCGCAUUAGUUCCAGGAACAGAGCAGGUAGACAACUCCAGACCUCCCAUCAUAGGCCCUGAAGAGGAUUAUGACCAUGGAUAUGAUAUAACUGAGUGUGAUGGUUUGUUCCAAGACUUGGAGAAACUGAAGGGUCGCCCGGCUCAUAUGGGGGUUUUCCUGCGAUAUAUAUUUUCCCAAGCUGAUCCAAAUCCACUGCUGUUCUACCUGUGCGCCGAGGUGUGCCAGCAGCUGACUGCCCGAGACUCCUGCACGUUGGGGAAAGAAGUCUGGAGCAUCUUCUUGGAUAAAACCGCUCCUCUGAGAGUCAAAAUUCCAGAGAGUUUACUGAGUGAAAUAGAAUCUCGCAUACGCAGCUCUGAAGAUAUCCGCAGCGCAUUAAGUGAAGCGCAGGAAGCCAUGUUGCCUGAGAUACAGGAGCAGAUACAAGAUUACAGGACAAAACGGACCAUGGGCCUGGGCAGUCUUUAUGGAGAGAACGACUUGCUCGAUCUUGAUAUUGACCCCCAGAGAGAGCGUCAGGUUGCUGCUAAACAGAUCGCACAGCUGGGGGAGAUACUUUCAAAGUAUGAAGAAGAGAGAAGCUCCCCCAUGGCAUUUGCACUAAGUACGUAUAUGAAUCAUGCUGGAAUUAGCUCCCGGGAGUUCCGUCCCGUCAGCGUCUCGGAGAAGUCUCAGAGCAUCCUGGACAAGGAAAAGUGGCUCCCGUUCUUCCCCAAGACUAAAAAAAACAGCAAUGCGAAAAAGGACAAGGACCGGGAACAGGCGGAGGACAAGAGACGGAAUCCCAUUCUCAAAUACAUUGGCAAACCCAAAAGCUCCUCUCAGAGUACAUUUCAUAUCCCUUUGUCCCCCGGUGAAGUAAAACCCGGAAAUGUCAGAAACAUCAUCCAGCACUUUGAAAACAACCAGCAGUAUGACUUCCAGGAACUUGGCCUGCAGCGUCUGUCAACAGGAAGCUAUCCUGAAGACCUGCUGGACAACGACAGCGCCAGGGCAGAGGUGAAGCUGGGCCGCUCCGAAAGCCUGAAGGGACGGGAGGAGCUAAAGAAAUCCCGCAAAGUCGACAAUGUACCGCGCUCCCGCAGCGAUGUGGACAUGGACGCAGCCGCUGAGGCGGCUAGGCUUCAUCAGUCGGCAUCAUCGUCGGCGUCCAGUCUAUCCACUAGGUCACUGGAUAAUCCGACUCCCCCCUAUACACCCAAGCUGUGCCGCAGGAGCAUGGAGUCCCCAAACUUGAGCUUUACCGGUGAGUCCUUGCUUGCCAACCUACAGGAGGAUGAUCUGGGACAUCUGUCCGAUCUUGACCCAGAACCGGAUGCCCAGAACUGGCAGCACACUGUGGGCAGGGAAGUGGCACAGAAUCUUCAUGCAAAAGAGAGGGCACGCCAGGAAGUGAUACAUGAGCUGUUUAUGACGGAAGCGUCUCAUCUUCGCGUCCUCAGAGUUCUCGACCAUAUCUUCUACCAAAGGAUGCGCAAAGAGAACCUGCUGUCGACGGACGAGCUGCUGCUAGUAUUCCCCAAUCUUCCAGAACUCAUUGAGAUCCACAACUCAUUGGCAGAACUCAUGAAGCGAGUAAGGGAGGAAGGACCAAUUGUCAAAGAGAUCGGUGACCUCAUGUUGUCCCGGUUCGAUGGAACCGCAGGAGAGGAAGUUUGCCAAGAAACAGCCAAGUUUUGCUCUUGCCAGACUAUCGCUCUUGACCUUAUCAAAAUAAAGAAAAGGAAGGAGACCCGGUUUAACCUCUUCAUGCAGGAGGCAGAGAGCAGUCCGCAGUGCCGGAGGCUUCAACUGAAAGAUUUAAUUGUAUCGGAGAUGCAGCGUCUGACCAAAUACCCUCUGCUUCUGGAGAACAUCAUUAAACACACGCAUGCUGGCACCGCGGAAUACGAGAAGCUCUGCUAUUGCCGGGACCGAUGUCGGGACAUACUGAAAUAUGUGAAUGAGUCGGUGAAGCAGAGAGAGAACGAGUACCGGCUGGCGGAAUAUCAGAAACGUCUGGACACCACCUCCCUGGAGAGGAGCAACAACCCUCUGGCUGCAGAGUUUAAGAACCUGGACCUGACAUCGAGGCGCAUGAUCCAUGAAGGGUCUCUGACCUGGAGGAUAACUAAAGAUAAAACCAUUGAUCUGCAUGUUCUCCUCUUGGAGGACCUUCUAGUUCUGCUGCAGAAACAGGACGAGAAGCUGGUGCUGAAGUGUCACAGCAAAACCACAGUGGUCUCCUCCGACACCAAACAGACAUUCAGUCCGGUUAUCAAGCUGAACUCCGUGCUGGUCCGGUCUGUAGCCACAGAUAAAAAGGCUUUCUUCAUUAUCUGCACAUCGGAACUAGGCCCACAGAUCUACGAACUGGUGGCACUGACCUCUUCUGAAAAGAACAUGUGGAAGGACCUCCUGGAAGAAGCCACCAAAGGUACAAUGAGACACCCCCCCACUUCCAUAAAACCUGGCACUCAGGACCUGGCCCCAUCCAGGACCCACUCUUCCAGUUCGGUGUUUCAGGAUGCAUGCAUCCCAGCCAUACUGUGCGAAGCUGGCAUGAGAACCAACAGUGAGGACCUGACAAUAGAUGAGAGCCACAGUGACUAUCUGGGUCACUCUCACAAGCCGGAGGUCCUGCUAGAGGAACCUGAGGGACUAGAGGAGGACGAAGCUCAGACCCCCACACAGUUGCCCUUUCCCUCUAAAGUGGAAGAUGCAGGAGGAGGGUCUGAAGACCAGGCUGACCCCUCCUACCUUCCCUUCCGAUGGCCUUCCAUGACCGAGGGGCUUGCGGAAUCUGCCCUGGAAGAUGUCCAGAAUCUUCGGCAGCUGAUCCUGCAGAGUCUUCUCCCCCUGAGGCAGUCAGAGUAUGACUCUGCCCCCGUGGCUGAACCAGAGGAUGACCUCACACCCACGCCGUCAGUCACUGGUGGAGCUGGACAACCGUGGGAGGUGCCAACGGACACCCUACUAGAGACUCUAGAUGGAGAAAGCAUGGCUGACAAUAGGGGGGGCUUGCCGUCGCAGUUCCCUAGCAUGGAUGGAAGUAAUAGGUCUGUGGUGGACCUUACUCACAAUCACAGGCGAACUUCUGUAGACGGAGAGGAGAGGGUUUGGAGUCAGGUGGAGGGCCACAGUCACACCCAGUCUGAGCCUUCAGCAGCUGCUUCCGAGGAAGAGAGUAACCAAGCUUACAGAGUCGUCCGGAAAGCUGAGGUGGUGGGCAGUAAUGAUGUCAUACCCUUGCCAGACAUCGGCCAGGCAGACAGAGUGUUGCGGGAAGCUGGUGGCGGAACUGGUUUAGAUGGAAAUCUCUUUUAUGUGGUCAUGCCGUCUGUUCCCACGUUGCCCCCGCCUGAGGAUGAGCACAGAGAAACUCCGGAACCUAGACGGUGUAGAGAACCAGUGGGGAGCCCGACCUUACCCAAAUCUCAGGAUGUACACAGUACGCAGACAAGCCGUUCGCAGGGUCACAGUCCCCCAGCUCGGAGGCCAGAAAGUCCAGCACCUCACCCAGAUCUGCCACCAAAUCUGGUAAUUCAAGAUGUUGAUACAAUCUUCAGAACAAUGGAACAGCUAACGGCCAAAUUACAUAGGUUACAGGAGGUGGAGUCUGCACACCAGGAACUCUUAAGGUCCUUAAGAAGUAAGACCACAGAAGAACAGCCGUGCCAGCCUGAGCCAACAUCGGAGGUCAAAAAGCAGCCAGAGAUACAACACGGGUCCAGCGUCAAUAGUAGCUCUCUCUUCUUUGUGAAGAACAGCAUGUCAGUGUCACUCCAUCGAGACAGCCUUACAGAUCCACCUGAUGGUGCUUUAAACUUUACCCUGGGCCUUUAACCUUGUGCACGGACGCCAAAAACCUCGCUAGGAUCUCUACCACUACUCUUCUUCCCCCCCUUCCUGUCUGUCCAGACGACCAGCAGGGGGCUGGGGGGGAAGAGGCGCUUGAGGUGCAGAGUUGACGCCUGCCAGCUUAGGACAUGGGCACUUUAUAGUUGAGGCCUGUAUUUAUCAGCCUAACUUGGAUUGCAAGGAAAAGACGACUUUAAAAACUUUUGCAAAGAGAGAAAAAAAACAAAAACUGGAAUUAUUUUUGGAGGAAAAGAAAAAAAACACUAAGCAUGUUAGCUUGAAAAAUUAAAUAUAAAUAUAUAUAUAUAUAUAUAUAUAAAAAAAUAUGUAUAGUUAUAUACCUAUUUAAAAAACGAAAAAGACAAAAUACCUACAUUAUCGCGGAUUGGUUUCUAACAAGAAGACUGGGAGUGUUUGCACCCCUAACCCCUAAAAUACGCAUGCUGUAGCUGUGGCUCUUCCAAUUGAAUGGCCCUUGCAGGAAUGAGACCUCUAGUGGAUGGUUACCAUGCUUGGGGACACAUUGUCUGGCUUGUGUUAUCCCUCUGCACUGUGGAGAGUCUGUAGAAAAUGCACUAUUUCCGAUGACAAGAGAAGUCCCACGCGGGCUACCUCCUCUUUUUUUUUUUUUUUUUUUUUAUUAUAAAUAUGUAUGUAUGUGCAUUUUUUUAUUUUAUUUUGUAUAUAGUUUUUCCCCCGCCCUCUCUCCCAACUUGUAAUAAAACUGGCUUUUUACCA